GGGGACAUCGCCGAGGCCGCUGCUCGUCACCGAGGCCCCCCACGAGGCGCCGUGACCAUGGCCGGGUGGCCUCUGCUCGUGCUGCUGGCGCUGGCGGCGCUGGCGCCCGGCGGCUGCUACGAGACGCGCUACGAGAAGUUCCUGCGGCAGCACCUGGACCACCCGGGGCCGGCGGGGCCGCCGGGCGGGCGCUACUGCAGCACCCUGCUGCAGCGGCGCCGCGUCAACGGCCCCGGGCGGCCCUGCAAGCCCGUCAACACGUUCGUGCACGCGCCCGCCGCCGAGCUGCUGGCGCUGUGCGCCCCGCGCCACGGCCCGGCCCUGCGCACCACCGCCGCCGCCCUCGACGUCACCGCCUGCCGCGUGACCGGCGGCAGCGUCUACCACCCGUGCGCCUACCGCGCCGCCCGCCGGCACCAGCGCGUCGAGGUGGCCUGCGAGGACGGGCGCCCCGUGCACCUCAGCCGCACGCUGUGA